AUGAAUAUUAUUUUUUAUACAAUUUUUUUUUUUUUAUAUAUAACUAAUUUUAAAAAAACAGAUGUCGGAUGCGCAAAAAUAUAUGAUUUUAAGAAAAUAAAGAAUAUACAUUCAUUUAACUUAUUACAUGAAGAGUUUAAAAAAAAAAAAACAAGUAAUUUUAAUCAUGUAUUUUAUCAAAAAAGGAAUUUUUUACACAUCCGAAUUCCAAAGAAAAUAAAGGAACUUAAUUUGUAUAGUAAUGAUAUACAAAAUGCAAAAAUUAGCAAAUUCAUAGAAAAUAAAAAAAAAAAUAAACUAUAUUAUUUAAAUAUACACAAUAAUAAUAAUAAAUUUGUAAUAAAAAAAAAAAAAAAAAAUAAUAAUAGAGUAUUAGAAUUAUUUUUUGAAAAAAAGAAGUUACUUAAACGAUAUAUGCAUAAUUUAAAAUCGUCAUUGUUAUAUAAAUAUAAAAACACAAAAAUUAUAACUAGAACUUUUUUAGCAUCUUCUUUAAUAAUAACAGCACUUAAUAUAUUAGGUUUAAAACCAGAAGAUAUUGCACUACAUAGUAAAAGAAUAAUAAGAUCUUUUGAAUUUUAUAGAAUUAUAACAUCAGCAUUAUUUUACGGGGAUAUAUCAUUGUAUGUUUUAACAAAUAUAUAUAUGCUAUAUACUCAAAGUCAAGAUUUAGAAAAAUUCCUUGGUUCAUCAGAAACACUUUCUUUUUAUUUAUCACAAAUAAUUGUAUUGUCUUUUAUAUGUUCAUACUUAAAAAAACCAUUUUAUUCAACAGCUAUAUUGAAAUCCUUAUUAUUUCUAAAUUGUAUGUUUAACCCCUAUCAAAAAUCCCAAUUAAUUUUUGGUAUUUAUAUCUACAAUAUAUAUUUACCUUAUUUAUCAAUUUUGAUUGAUAUUUUACAUGCGCAAAGUUUAAAGGCUUCGUUGUCAGGAGUAUUAGGAGUUACAAGUGGAUCAAUUUACUAUUUUUUAAAUAUUUAUUUACAUGAAAAAUUCAAUAUAAAAAUUUUCAAAAUUCCUAAUUCUUUAAAAAAUUAUCUUGAUUCAUUGAAUUCAGAAGAACUACUUUAA